AUGGACAAGGUAAAGAAAUUACGAGGGAAGUUCAUCUUCCUCUUCAUUGCUACCCUCAUCUUCAUCUGCAUCGUCACCAUGAGAAUACCUCCGACAUACAGGUCGCUUCCAAACCCACGUGGGCUUCAGAAAACUUGCCCUUUUCAGAUCUCUGAGGAGACCAUCACCCCCCUCAACAACACCAAGCACCUCCUGAUGACAGCCUUCAUGGACCAGAGAGUGAAUGGUUUUGAUAUACGCAUCAUUAGCAUAUUUAGGAGAGACUCCAUGCAGCCCCUUCACUGUCUUUUCUGCUGUGAAGGCUACUUAUCAAGGACAACUCCAGCAACCAUUUCAGAGCACUCAGACAACUUUGGCUUUCCCUUUGUCACGACAGAUGUCAUGUGUCAGAUUCCUCAGAACUGCAACGCUACACACGUUACUCUUCUGACUCAGCCAGAGAGUUCAAAUGGACCUAACCAGACUUGGCUCCCCAUAAGAAACAAAAAGACCAAUGGGAAGGAGGAGACAAAGUUACAGUUUAAUUUCACAGUCUGCAUCUCUAACCUGUUUGGAGACUACAACAAUGUGCUUCAGUUUGCACAGACCCUGGAGAUGUACAGGUUGGUGGGUGUGGACAGAGUGGUGAUCUAUAACACCAGCUGUGGCCCAGACCUCGACCGCCUGUUGCACAGCUACAGCCAGGAGGGCUUCGUGGAGAUGGUUCCUUGGCCCAUCGACAAGCAUAUGAAUCCAUCUCGUGGCUGGCUCUUCUCACAGCACGGAGGGGACAUGCACUACUUUGGCCAGUUAGCCACACUUAAUGAGUGUAUUUACAGAUCCAUGGACCGGUCCCGCUAUGUCCUGUUGAACGACAUAGAUGAGAUUAUAAUGCCGUACCAACACGACGACCUGAUGUCUGUGAUGAACACUCUCCAACAGCAGCAUCCAAAUGCUGGAGUGUUCCUCAUAGAGAAUCAUAUUUUUCCCAAGAAACCCUUUGAGGAAAGUAAAAGGGGUCCCCUGCCUCACUGGAGAGGGGUGCCAGGCUUUAAUAUUCUGGAGCACAUCUACAGGGAGGAGCCCGACAGAAACGUAUAUCACCCCUACAAGCUGAUAGUUCAGCCGAGGUCGGUGGAGCAGACCUCAGUACAUGAAGUGCUCAAGAUGUUUGGAGAAAAGUUCAAGGUUCCCCUGGAAGUCUGUCGUAUCAUUCACAGCCCGAUCAGUACCCCGGUACAGCGUCCGGUGGAGCAGAUGCAUGUGGACACCCGACUGUGGGACUUCAAAGACAGACUGUUACCCAGAGUGACUAAGGUGCUGACAAGAGCCAGGCUCCUGAGUUCAGGGGGGGAGAGCUGACGGAUAGGAUGAACAGCAGUGUUUUCACAACUUUGGACUGGCCCAGGCUAAUGGAGACUGCUAGGUCUAACUUAUUUAACAUUUACUGAAUGUUUACACGGAAGUGACAGUCGGCAAACUUGUCUGCGUUAGGAUGUACUGUCAACUUUUGCAAUUAAUGCUUGAGGCUUUGAAUGUAAAAAUUUUAAAAUGGGCAUAUUCCAGUACGUAAUGCUGCAAAUACUAGCUUUUAUAUUUAUUUAUAAUUUAUUUAGGCUAAUAAGCCUAACAAGAAGAGCGCACUCAGUGGACUGUGGCCAACUUAGUUAAUCUAGAGAUAAUGUGCAUUUUUUUUUUCUUCCCCAUGACCAGUCGACUGAUCAAAGAGUAGGUAGGAUUUCAGUCAACCAAGAUUGUCUUUGGUUGACUACAGCCCUGAUUUUAAUUACAGUACGACCACACCCCAAGUUCAAAAGACACAAAAUUCUGUCCCUGACUGACUGAGUGAUGAAGUUACGCCUUUGGUCGGUACAAGACCAAUCAGCAUUCAGAAUAUCUAACACCAUGAUCCUACACACUCCGACCCAGUAGGUUGCAGUGUGCACCUUUAAAAUUGGUUUGCAAUCUGCCGAUCCUCAGCAGGAGGAGAAGGAGAGCUCAUUCCACAUAAAGGGAAAUGGAUGUAGCACAGGCAGUGAAGCUGCUGCUCUCACCAAGUACGACUUGGUUUCCUUCAUUCGUGCCAAAAAGAGCCUCUGAAAAGACGUCCUGAGGAGCAUGGAAAACACGGUUUUUGAUUUGCUGUUCACAUGUUUCUGUAAUACUAAUAUAACGGAAACUGGACUCAGCGUGUACUGACAAAACACAGAGAUCAUGCGCUUUUUACCAAUAUUAUAAGUUUCACACUCAUUUAUUUAUGGUUUUCUGGUUAUAAUAUAUUCAAUAUAAUAUUUGACCCAUCCGCCUGAGGAAAAGCUUGAAAUGCUCUGUAAUCCGGAGAAGCAGCCAGUCCAAGCUAUUUUUGGUGUUCUCUGUGCCAUCAUGUGUCUGUAAUCUACUCACAUAUUAGUAAAUAGUAAAUUAUAUUGCGCUUUUUUUUUUUUUUACAUUCAACAGUUUCCAUCUUUUUUCCAUUUUGGAAGACAUUUUCCACAGUUUUUUGCGGAUAAGAGAUGGUGGCAUUACAGGCAUUCAGUACACUCACAGAUGCCACAAAGACAAAGGCAAUAGAUGUCCUAUGUUUGUCUUUGUGCCACCUUUCAUGAUAAGUGUACAACAAAUACAGUGCAGCAUGUGAGUCAACUGGGAAUGACUGUGCAAGGCUCUGUGCUGCCAUCUGCUGGGGGAAAACAAGUUUCCCACUACCACUUUGCCACUACCUCUACAACUGCCAAUACUACUCAUCACCCUCAGCAUAAACUGGGUUUACAUUGUUCUAGGACAGCUGGAAAAAUUGGGAUACAAUUAUGAGAACAAAAGUGGUCAUAGUGUGUCACAAGAGAUGACACAUUCAUGAGCAAAUAUACAGUAGGGUUUAAAUUUCCAAACGUAUCAGUUUGAUACUGUGUAGCUGAGAGACUUGAGUUCAAGAAAGGAUGCGGUUCGUCGAAAUGAUCAACUGACUGUGAACAUCACGGACCUAACACUUACUGCAUGACUUGGAAACAGUCGUCAAGCUGUGGCGAGACAAUUCAAUGUCUGUUUGUGUUGGCUUACAGCUUCUUAGAUUAACUCGCACUGUUACCGGUAAAUGUUACGCAGGGUCAUAGUUUCAUAAUUUCCUCUGUUUUCUUUCAGUCACAUUUUCUACUUCUUCACCACAUCCAUACAACCCUUACCCUUUACCUGUUUUUUGUGGGGCUUCAGUUAUUUCUGUGUAUGUAUAUGACUCAGGUUUUCAAAAAUUUAGAAAUCUUUAUGGUAUCUAAAGGCUCUAUGAAAAUAUUCUGGUAUUUUUUUAAAUCCAGAAUUCGUGUAGUUUUUCUUUGGAAUGUGUGCCAAAUUUGUCUUCUGUCCUGGUAAAUAUGCUUGAUUAACUUGAUUAAAUGACAGGAGGUUUCGAGCUGGCACCGUGUUAACUUUUAAGGAAAUAAACAUGAACAUUUUCUCUUCCCCUUUUAAUUGUGACAUAAAGUAAAAAUACUGAAAGUAAAGUGUGUUUUGUGUU